AUGCCGAAGGAGGAGUGUAAGUUAUCUUCGGGCUGUAAACAUAAAGAGCGUAAGCCAAAGAAACCACACUACAUCCCGCGUCCCUUUGGGAAGCCUUAUAACUACAAGUGCUUCCAGUGUCCCUUCACCUGCAUGGAGAAAUCCCACCUGUACAACCACAUGAAGUACAGCCUGUGUAAGAACUCGCUCUCGCUCCUCAUCGAGUCUGACUGGUCCUAUAAAAAAGGGAACAUGCUGCCAUCUGACCAGCUCCGCCUGCAGCAGGGCACUGUCGGAAGUCAUGCUUCAGAGCAGGAGCAAGAGCAGGCGGAGAAGAAGGGAGGAGAUGACCUGCAGCUCAGCUUCAGUGAUGAACAGAAGAUGGAGAUGGAAAAUGGUGCAGAAGCUCAAGCGGAGAUGACCGGGGCAGCCAAUCAGAGCUCAGAACAGACAGAGGCCUCUCCAAGGGGUGGGGCCAAGCAGGAAGCCGAGCUUAUCAUGGCGGAUGUGUUCUCACUGGAGGAGCAGCUGUUACGAGCGCGCUCAGUGGAGGUUGAAUCAAAGCUGCGUCACUACCGUCUCUCCAAAACACGCUUACUCCUGUCUGAGUCAUUGCCCUGUUACCCCCCCACAUUACCCCCUGGACAUCUCAGCUGUCCUGAUGCCCCACCUCUCAACCUCUCACUGCUUGGGGUUGGCUACCCUUUGACCUCUGACCUUUUUUCCUAUCUUAACCCUGGCCUCGGCACUACAACAACAUCUAAUCCAGCACAGGUUGGCUCUUUGCCUUUUCUAGCUUCAGCAGCUCCACUCACACACACUCACACACACUCUGACCGCUCAGUACUGCCCCCACGCUUCUAUUACCCCUUCCUGUGUGAGCACACAGCAGCACCAGACCCCAGCAAAGCCAUUAAACCCACUGCCUUUACCCCCAAACUCAACCUGUGGAAGUUUCCGACACUCCGGCCUGCAGGCUCAACCGAAGCCUGGAGCUCACCUGGCAGCUUGAGCCCAGAGAUGGGGUCUGCCACCGGGAAGAGGGUUCAGAGCCGAUGGGAGGUGGAGCAAAGUGGGAAAAGGGCGGCAAGUUCUGCAGAUUCCCAUAAUACACCUGCAGAGAAAAAGGUGGCAUCUUCAUUCCUGCUCAAUCAGACCACGCCCAUUUCUGUUGACAGACUCCUCCUACAGAGCAGUCUCAGCAGUCGGACUGGAUUGGACGAGCAUUACUCGGACAUAAGAAGUUCCACUCACUUCUUGGAGGUGGGAGAAGAGAAGGAAAGAGGGAUGGAUGGAGACACAAAUGAAGGGAUGGAUGGAGAGAUAGUGUGUGAUCUUUCCUCAGCACUGCAGGAGCUCCAGCGUGCUGAGCGAGAGGCUGCACUACACCCUGAACACGCCCACUCUCACCAUAUGUGGGCACAAAAGAUUCGCAAAAUCCGUCUGGAGCUGUCUCACAUUCAGCAGGCACUGCAGAGUACCACACAGGGACCCCUCGACCUGUCUGUCAAAAAGGAGCCCAUCACCAUGAUGACAGCACCUCCGUUUGAAAAGCACGAAAUGAAACUGCAUUCACAGCAGAGCCAGGAUAUGAGUUCUGAGACAGGUGAAGAAGAGGAAGAGGAAACAGAGAUAGAGGACGAGUGGAAGAAACGCUCUCUCGAUGUCCUGAUCAGGAUGGGUCAAUCCCAUGGUGUUUCCCUGAUGACCCCAGGUGUUGCCAUGGUAAAGUCAGAGCCAUUGCUUGGUGAUGCAGAGGCGCUGUGGAACAGCAGGACCAGGAAAUGUGAAGCUGACUCCAGUGUUCGGGUGUGUUCUAAAACCCCAAACUGCCCCUCAAGCCCAAUAACUGCUCCUGCAGUACAAUAA